UCAUCAACUCUUCAUCUCCUGGUUUUCACUCUUCUCUUACCUCCACUGGCACAACGCAUUAGUCCCGUAUCCAUCUUGCCUAGUCGUCCAGUAAACGCAUUCAAUUCUCAGUAAUGCACUCCAUAUCCGACUUGACAACAUUCUGUCGGAAGACGACCGGUGACGUCCCUCCGAAACUUGUGGGCGCGUCUACCACAGUCGUAGGGUCGAAGAUGUAUCUCUUUGGUGGGCGCCUAGUCACCGAACGCCGCAUGGUCUCGGAUCUAUACGUGUUCGACUUGGAGACCUUCGUUUGGGAGAGAAUCACACCAUCUCCAGAGGAUGAUAUCCCGGACGCACGAUAUUUCCAUAGCACAGAGACCUGGAACAAUCAACUAAUCGUCUUCGGUGGUAUGGGCAGCACACCGAACUCUAGUAAUCCAGAAGACCUUUGUGUACUCAAUGACGUCCGUUUCUUCGACUUGUCAGUAAUGCACUGGCUUCCCGCAACAGCUACUAACAGUGCCUCUGCGGAGUCUGGCACGGAGACGUUGGUUCCAAAGCCUCGAUAUGCACAUCUAUCAUCUGUUUCAUCCGAUCGUCUUUUCAUCAUCGGAGGCCAAGACCUAUCGAAUGUUUGGCUGGAUGACAUCUAUGUGUACGAUUUAUUGGGUAGAGCUUGGGUUCAACGCCGAAACUUUCCCCACCAUUGUGGUACCUAUCGUAGUGUAGCCGUCUCCGCAAACCAACGCGUCCGAAUACCGCAGGAGGAAGUCCACUCGACGGAUACCACCACCAUGUUAGGUCCCCCUGGGGCACGAUUUCGGCCCGAAAAGUCCCCUCCUUCAGCUCAAGCAUUCACCUCAUCCGAUUCGUUGGUCCAUAUGCCUUAUUCAGCCCCCCCAACCGACGACUUUCCGAAUGACAUCUAUCUGUACAGCAAUUACAACUUCACAGACGUCAAGCGGGAAUUCGAGGUCUUUUCUCCAAUGCCAGACACAGAUUUCACAAUCACAGAUCGUUCCACAGAUAUGACAGGCACGUCAUUCCCUCCAGGACUCCGUUUUCCUUCAGGUGCUAUCCUGGGCACGCACUUCAUCAUUGCUGGCACGUACCUGGCGCAUACAUACCAAUCCUAUUCUAUCUGGGCGUUGGAUAUGUUGACCAUGACUUGGUCACGUAUUGACUCCGGGAGCGCCAUGGCGACUGGAUCCUGGUUUCGUGCCUGUUUGUGGGCAGAGGCGAAUAAAUUUAUGAUCUUCGGAAACCGGAAUGGCAACCUCAUCGAAGAUUACAAUCGCCGGCUUCUCAGUUGGGAUCACGUUGCUGUCAUUGAUCUGGAGUCGUUUGGAAUCUAUCAACCUCCACCUCUGCAAAUCGAUAUACCAAUGCAGGAGUUUGGAUUAUCAGCCCUGGAAGAGGGUAUUCUUGCUGAUUUUGAAAUCAUUUGUGACGACGGGCGCAAAGUCAAAUGUUCGAGGAAGACUCUUGAGGAUCGUUGGCCCUGGUUCAAAGAUCAAAGGAACAAGUUCUUGGCGCGGGCCCGGCAGGCAAUAGAGAUCUUGCCAUCAUCUUCCAUGGACGUUGGCCUUCCGGACCUCCCUGGCACACCAGGGUCCUCGGAAGCGCGUCCAGACCCACGUCUCACGCCACGCGCCUUCAACCUAUCCGAACCUUACCCAAUCACGCUCGCGUUAUUACAGUAUUUCUAUUCAUUAGCGCUCAUCACUCCUCUUCAACACGCACCUGCGGUGUUGAGCCAAUUGCUGAUCCUCUCGAGUACUUACCAAAUCCACCACCUCGAAUCCCUUGUAAAACAUGCGAUGCAUCGGGCUCUUUCCAAUUCAACUUCUGUAGGUGUGUACGAAGUCGCAACGCUGUGUAGCUGUCGGAGCCUUCAAAUUAGGGCACUCAAGACAGUUAUGUCUUACAGCCAGAAAAGGACCGGUCGUUCCCGCGCUGACAGUAAGAACGGAGGCGGUGGUCGCAACCCUGACCCCAGUGACAGCGAUAACCCUGGUCGUUCGAGCGAUACUGUCCCUACACCAAGUCGCAGCCGUGGCGGUGGUGUUUCGGACGCAAAGUUAUCUAGCUCUCUCGAUCAGCAGAGCAGUACUGGCUCGACAACAAGAGGCUUCACAGUUAAUUCCACUUUUCCCACUCGUGAUAGAUCAUCAUCAUGCCAGAACUCGGCUGCCACCGCAACUGCGACAGUUUCUCAAGUAAUACAGGUUUCACAUAAGAACACACCUUCUGACUCUACGUUAACGCCGCGACGGAAACGAUCCAUGGCACGCAGCAACAGAACAUUCAGUGUCAUUUCGGCACAUACGGACUUUGAGAUAUGCGCCGUAGCCGACCUCCUGUCGCCUGCAAUAUCGCAUCCACGGAGCUAUGCCGAAGAGCAAGAGCGCGUUGGGGUCGCAAUAGAUGAUGUCGAUGAUUUCCUUGAUCCCAGCAAUGGUAUUCACACUGCCGGAAAGGCUCCUACCAUGCCGUAUCUUCUUCUAGAGCACGAAGAACCUCUUUCGCCUUCCUUCGGAUCCCAUUCCAUGACCAGCUCAGCCACUUACUCAGAGUCAGACUUCGACAUCUCAGAUGAUUAUUCUGGCUCUCCUAAUUCCUCCUACCCUGCUUUCCACCUUCCGCGCCGCUCAAAGACGCGAUCACGUGCUAGCAACGGGCACGUAAGUGCCAGCGACAGCGAUACACCAUCCUUGUCGUCUUCAACGACGUCUUUCAACUCAAAUACAUCACCUCCUACCAGCCCUGUCACUCUCCAAACUCCCGUUGAUCCUCCGGCUGUUGCUAACCAACAGCUCACCAUCAUCGAGGAGCGAAUAGCUGAAGACCAGGACAUGACUGGUUGUCACUAUUCUGACUCGGGCAGCGUCGUCUUUUCACCCGAUUACACAACACAGUCACUACGGAAGCCAUUUAACACACGAAUUCCUGACACGCGACCGAAAGGUCGCGUGUUCAAUGUAGAACACCUGCGACUCAAUGUCAAUGUUCAACCCGCAGUCACCGACCGCUUUCCAUCCAUAUCGCCUGCACCUUCUUCGACCUUUGAUGUCAGCUCACCCAUGAGCAGCACCUUUUCCCCGACAAGUGUCUAUACAUCGAUGACCAGCCCUCACCCUGCGAAGCCAUACUCUUCGAACCGUUUCCUCUCCCCGGUCACGAGCAGUGGCAAGGCUCCGAGCGUGCUUGAAAGCGCGUGGUCAGAGUCUCCAACUGCGAGCGUCGUAACAUCCAAAACUGCUCGCAAGGAAGACAGCAAAGCAGAGAAGGCGCGGAAAUUGGAGGAAAAGAAACGGAAGAAGGCCGAGGCUAAAGCUGAGUCCAAGGCCAGGACGGAGAGAUUGGCGGAGGAGUUGAAGGAGCGCCAACGGCGCAAAGUUGCCACACUUGACAGGCAGUCAUUGCACUCCCAUCGGUCAUUUGGUCGUGUUCGACGGCAUUGGGAUGGUGACAUUUCUAUGUACGAUGGUUUGGGCGCCCUUUGAUUGCCGUUCUCGUUUUCAUUUACUCUUUGCUAUCCUUGUCCCUGGAUUUUAUCGUAUAUAUAUAUCAUGUUCAUUUUGCAUACAUUUACAACGUCGUCCUAUCUGUCAUUAAUGUACCACGCAAUGUACCGGAUUAGUUCUCAAACCUAUUGGAAACUCAUUCCAGCGGCUUU